AGCGGGGCCCAUUGUGACGCGUCCCCGUGCCCCCCAGCUCCAGCAGCGCCAGCGCUGUGCCCCUCACUUUCCGUCAGGACUGAGAUGGGACAGCACGCGAGCAGAGCAGCGGUGCAAGCCGCCCCUCGGGGCAAACCGCAGCACUUCUCUCCGCCCAUGGCUGCCCAGGCCACGGCCCGUCCCCAACCUCAGCCCUCAUCCUCUGCGAUGGAGGAGAGAAACCCCUCGUGCCCUGCUGAGGCCAAGGAGAAGGACAAACUCCCCCAGGAGCCCACUUCUGUGCCGCCCGCUCCCCCCUUGGAUGCCUCUGGGCUGCCCAUGUGUGCUGUGGAGCGUUACGCGAUGGACAACAUUGAGGCCUUUCUCCGGAGCACAGAGCCUCAGAAUGAGGAGAAGAAGAUGAAGUUCCUGUGCAGCAUCCGCACCAUCUGUGGCUCCGCAGCAGAGAGGAACACGGUGCAGGAACUGCGCAUCUUCUGCCGCCGGAAUGAACUUGUGGAGAACAUCAUGGUGCUGCUGGCAGAGGAGCCGCGGAGAGAGCUGAGCUCCGAACUGCGGCUGCAAGCGGUAGCCGCCAUCACCUCCCUCAGCAAGGUGGAGGGGGCUCUGGAGGAGAAGAUCCCUCUCUUUGUUGUGUGCUUCCGGAGCAUCUUCCUGCUUCCCUCAGAGCAGGACCUGGACACAAACCUUUACUCCAAGACCCUGAGGGCUCUGGAUGAGAUGCUGCACUCAUUGGUGUUCAUUCACCCCAGCACCAGCAUCGGAGAGGAGCUGAAAGACGUCUUCCAGGUGAGCCUUGCCCAUGGGGACCACACAGAGGAAGAGUGUUCCCCCCCCAUCCCCACCACCCCAAAAACCUUCUGGGGUGAUCCAGGGGACCACAGGGCAGAGCAGCACCUCCUCUUCCCACAGGUGCUGCUGCCCUUCACCUCCUUGCAGAGCUCGACCGUGCGCCAGAGGGCAGUGGGGCGCAUCUGGAAGCUGACUCAUUCGCUGGCACAUUACUGCCAGGAGAAGCCCCGUCACUCCUCGGAACAAUCCCCAUCUGCCAGCUAUGACGAGCUCCGCCUGCCCGUGCUGGGGCAGCUGGUGGGAUGCCUCAUCCUGUGCUGCGCUUUUGUCCAGGAGGACAAAACAUGCCGCUGUGCUUUGAGCGCUCUCCGUCACCUCUACAGAUUUGUCCUGUGGAGAAGCCGCUGGGAAGGGCAGCUGGACGAGCAGGGGAAACUGGAGCAGUGGGAAGCUGACCACGAGUUCUCCCUCACCUGGACCACCAACACCACGGUCAUUUUGCUGCGCUUUGAGAAGUACUUCCACUCUUCAGAGAAGACUGAUCUCAUCCUCCUGGCGCUGCAGGGCAUGAGGGACUGCAGCAACUACAACACCCAGGUGGCUUCCACCUUGAUGGCCAUCCUGACGGUUGACUUCAACCCUAUGCCCAAUGAUGUGCAGCGCAUCGUGACGGCCAUCCACAGGAGCAGGAAGCUGAUCACAGAGGAGCAGGCACUGAGGACCAUCCACGGCACCUUCCCCUCACUGGCUGCCGCCAACCCUCGCGCGAUGACACUCAGCCUGCUGCGCUGCUCCCCCACCUGUGACAAGGACAUAUGGGAGCUGUGGGAGUUGGCGCUGUCCUCGGUGGAUGUGGUGCCAAAGAUGGUGCAGGCGCUGCUGCGUCAGCUGGAGACCGUGCCGCUGGGCCAGAAGACCGAGGUCGGCGUCCUUCACCUGGCCGCGGCCACGGCACUGCAUAAGCUCCUGCAGUACCUGGACUACGGCCCACAGGUGCGACUGGUUUUCCCGGAGCUCUUUGUGGCGCUCAUCAUCCAGCUGGUGUCCGCCGGGCCGCUAGCUCCGCUGGAGAUCAUCGCCAUCACGGAGGACCCAUUCCGCCCAUCUGCGCCCACCUCUGCCAUCAGGAUGGUGGUGGAGACGGCCCGCAGUUUGCUGCUCUGCGCUGAUAUGGACAACCUGGCAUUCUCCAUGGAGACCCACGACCUGUGGGCGCGGUUGCUGGGCGCUUCCAUGUGGCAAAACGGCCUACACUCCCUUGCCAAGGUGAUGCUGAAGAACUGCCGGGAUCAGUGCAGACCCAUCUUCAGACACCUGCAGAAUCUGCUGCAGUACCACCAGCUGCAGUGGAGGGAGGUCCCCGCCAUGGCGUUCUACCUCGAGCUGUGGAGCUGCCAGGGGCACCACAAGGAUGACACCGGCACCCAAAAGAUCUUCAGGAAAUACAUCCGCAGCAAACAGCCCAGGAGCAGAGAGCUGGCGCUGCGCGGGCUGAGGAACCUUUACGCUGGGAGGAUGCAGCUGCUGCUACCUGACGCGCUGCUGUGGCUGCAGGACAUGCGGGCUGACAUCAAACUGCAGGCCAUACAUCUGCUGCAGGACAUUGUGGCACAGCGCCCCGCCAGCAUCCGAGGUGUGCUCAGCCAGCUGGCCGUGCAGCUGCUGUCCUGCUUCAAUGAGGACAACGCAGAGGUGCGCUGGCGCUCCAUGGAGCUCUUUGCGCUGCUGCUGGAGGCGCCAGGCAGGAAGCGGCUGCUGCUGCAGGCGGAGAGGAGUCUGCUGCCACUCUUCAUCCACAUGAAUGAGGACAUCCCCAACGUGGCGCAGGCUGCUCAGAAAGCUCUGAUCCACGCCGCCAAGCUCCUUGGCUGGCAGCAACUGCAACGCUUGGCCUGUGCGGCGGAGGUCUGGAUGAUUGCUGACUGCCUGGUAAGGACCCCCACCCCUCAACCCCUCUGGACCCCCCUUGCUGCCCUGCAGAAGGGGGGUCGGGGAGCCACUCUGCGGGUGCCACCCCCACCAUGCUCUCUGCAGCUUCAGAAGAGGGGCAGAGAUGCGGAGCAGUACCUGAAGGACACGGUGCUGCACCUGCACAGCCCCCAGGUGCCCGUGAGGGACACGGCCGUGCGCUUCCUCGGGCUGCUAGGGCGAAAGCUGAGGAAUGAGAACCGGGAGAAGGUGUUGGACAUCCGUAAAGCCCUGGAGGGCGCCAAGGAGGACAGCGAGCCGACCGUGCGCUGUCUGGUGCUGCAGACACUGCUGAUCCUCAGCGUGCUGGAAGAUGUGCCGCCCACCAGGCCCAGGUUGCGCCGAUGGUUCUGGAGAACGUGGAGGGAGUAGUGCCGCUCCACAGGGAUGGGUCUUCGUCUGUCACGUUUGUUGUAGUGUUAUAUGUAGAGCUGAAAUAAAAGUAGUUAUUAGUUAUUAGUUAAA